AGCCAAAGAGUAAAAUAACUUGCUUAUACAACUGUUAUACAACACAGAGCACAAUAAUAACCAUCUGUAACUACGUAUCUAUUCUAAUACAUAAAACCUAGCAUAAAAAGUAUUCUGUUGGUAUUCAGUGUGGUCCAUAAUUCUAAUAAUACUUUAAUGCAGUCAAAUCUACAAAGCUACUCUUGUAGUGAAUGAGGAUAGUUGAAUAAUCCAAGAUGAGUAAACGACGACGAGCGUCGUCGGUGGCAAGCAGGGGAGCUGAUGGUGAUGACAGUGAUGAUGGAGUCGAACUCAGUAACCCUGGGCCUCCACCGGCCCGAAAAAAGAAGAAGCUCGAACCGAGUGAAAUAUGUCAGCAACUGUAUGAUAUAAUUCGAACCUAUAAGAAAGAAGAUGGUACUCUGUUGUGCGACUCCUUCAUAAGGGCACCGAAAAGGCGUCAAGAACCACAAUAUUAUGAAGUUGUGUCACAACCAAUUGACUUGUUACGAGUGCAACAGAAGCUAAAAACUGACACAUAUGAAGAUAUCGAGGAACUUUCAACAGAUAUAGAACUUCUAGUAAAUAAUGCUAAAGCAUUCUAUAAGCCGGAUUCAGAUGAAUAUAAAGAUGCUAAUGAACUUUGGAAACUUUAUUCAAAGCACAGAAUGGCACUUGAAAAUGGUGAGGAAGUCAAAACGCAAAAACUGUCUCGUACUGGUUCAUCAAGUAGAAGAUCAGAUGUUGCCGAGGAUUUGUCGGAGACCUCUACUAAUAAUGAAGAAGAAAAUAUCUUUGAAGAAUUAUUUAAUGCGGUUAUGAUGGCUAAUAUAGAUGGCAGACCAUUGUACCCAGAUUUCCAAUUUCUUCCAUCAAAAAGACGGUAUCCGGAAUAUUUUAGCGUUAUAGAGAAUCCAAUAGAUCUGAAGACAAUCGCUCAAAAGAUUCAAGUUGGUGAAUACACAAAUUUGAAUGAAUUGGAAAGAGAUUUACUACUUAUGGUCAGGAACGCCUGCCUGUUUAAUGAAACUGGCAGUCAGAUAUAUAAGGAUGCAAAGGCUCUGAAAAAGGUGAUCGUGUCCCGCAAGCAGGAGCUGGAGCCGGGCGGGCGCAGCGCGGCGAAGGCGUCCGAGCGCAUCCGCAGCAAGCGCUCCUCGCGCGCCGCGCCCGCGCCCUCCUGCCGCGCGCUGGCGCUCAUGGAGCCGCCCGGCGCCGACGAGCCCUACGUCAAGCACUCUGAAGAUAGUGCUGAUAGUGAUGAAGAUAAAGUUGACAAUGAAGAUUCACCGCAGUGGAAGCUGCUGGAUGUUAUCAGAAAUCAUUUGGGGCCAAAUGGUACUCCAAUGGCUGAUCCCUUCUGGAAACUACCAUCGCGUCGCGAAUACCCCGACUACUACAAGGAGAUUAAGAAUCCGGUAUCAUUGAAUCAAAUCCGAAAUAAAAUCAGACGAGGUAGCUACGGAACCCUGUCAGAAGUGGCCGGCGAUAUGAACAUUAUGUUUGAGAAUGCUAAACAGUAUAACGUACCUUCCUCAAGGUUAUACAAGGACGCUGUUAAAUUGCAAAGGUUAAUGCAGCAACGAGUACAAGAGAUGCUUGAUAUUGUACAGAGCUCAUCAAGUGAUGACGAAAGUUUGUCAUCAGUUAAAAAUCAGGCGCAAGCUAGUACUCCGCGGCCUAGAGGUAGGCCGCGUCUCAACCCAAACCCAUCAUCAGUGCCAUCACCAUCUCCAACACCGAUUGUACCAAAAACCAAUUUACCAUUAAAGAAAAAGCUACAUUACAUAUCAAAGCAACUGUUAGAGUUUACUUGUUCGGAUGGAAGACAGCCUAUGUUGUUGUUUAUGGAAAAACCUAGUAAGAAGUUAUAUCCGGAAUACUACAAUAUCAUAGACCGUCCCAUUGAUAUGUUAACUAUUGAAGCUAAUAUUAAGAAUGAUAGAUACAGUAGUAUGGAUGAGAUGGUCACUGAUUUUCGUUUAAUGUUCUCAAACUGUCGGCAAUUUAACGAAGAAGGUUCAAUGAUAUAUGAAGAUGCUAAUCUCUUAGAACGCGUCAUGAAUGAAAAGUUAAAGGAAAUUAAUAGUAAUUAUGAAAGAAAAACUCCUUUGAAAACUUUCAAAUCAGCUAAAUCGAAGCAAUUAUCUCCGUUUGAGCAAAAAUUAAGGACUUUGUAUGAUGCUAUUAGGGAUUAUAGGGAUCCUAAAGUUAAUCGACAACUAGCCUUAAUCUUCAUGAAGCUGCCAAGUAAAACGGAAUAUCCAGACUACUACGAGCUAAUAAAAAAUCCGAUAGAUAUGGAGAAAAUCGCUCACAAGCUAAAGAACGGAGUCUACAACACUGUGAAUGAACUAGCUUCGGACUUCAUACUAAUGUUUGAUAACGCUUGCAAGUACAAUGAACCAGACUCACAGAUAUACAAAGAUGCAUUAAUACUGCAAAGAGUUUGUCUGCAAACGAAACAAUUGUUGCGGGAAGACGACGAUGCAGUUCCAGACGUCCCAGCCGCGGUGCAAGAACUACUGCUCAACUUGUUUACUACUGUGUACAAUCAUCAGGAUGAAGAGGGCAGAUGCUACUCGGAUAGUAUGGCUGAACUGCCAGAACACGACGAAGCGGCAAACGGAGAGAAAGUACGCGCUAUUUCUUUAGAUCUCGUCAAACGGAGGCUGGACAAAGGCCUCUACAAGAGAUUGGAUCACUUCCAACAAGACAUGUUCGCGGUUUUCGAACGCGCCCGGCGUCUUUCCCGAACUGAUAGCCAGAUCUUUGAAGACUCUGUAGAGCUACAGUCGUACUACGUGGAGCAGCGGGAUGCAUUGUGUCGUAACACUCUUGUGUCACCAGCAUUAGCCUUCACUCGAGAUACCAUCAGCACAAGUGUGGAGCUCGUCAAACAGUGCAAGCUGUUGCAGGAAAACGAUGAUGAGGAUGAGACUAGAUCGAGUACCGACGAAUCAAUGUCAGGCGCUGCACCGCCACAGAGUCAAUACGGCAAAGGCGACUUCGUGUACGUACAAGGAGAGAAAGGAAACAAGGAACCUUCCGUAGUACAGCUACAACGCAUGUGGACUAAUUCCGAUGGAGUACCAAUGGUCUACGCCAAUGUCUACUUCAGGCCGCACGAGACGUUCCACGUGCGCACGCGCAAGUUCCUGCAGCAGGAGGUGUUCAAGACGGAGACGCACCGCACGCUGCCGCUGGACCUCGUGCUGGGCCGCUGCUACGUCAUGAACGUCAAGGAGUACUUCAAGUACCGCCCGGAAGGUUAUUUAGACAAAGAUGUGUACGUGUGUGAGAGUCGCUACAACAGCAAGAACCGCUGUUUCAAGAAACUCAAGACAUGGGAGGGCGCUGAGAAAGAAGCUGCUCUCAUACUUAGAGAUAUUCCUCUGGAGCCAAACAGAACAGUGUCAGUAUUCCGGGAAAGAGUGGAAAAGCACAAAGAUGAACUCGCUGAGUUAGAGAUACUUGAAAACGUCCAAGAGAAAGAGAGACCUGACGUAGUCAUGUACAAUCCUCUCGGUACUGACGAUGAGAACACCUACUAUGAGCAGUACAACACUGUUUGUUCCGGAGUCAUAAAGACAGGAGACUACGUCUAUGUUGUAACUGAUGGCGGCAAGCAGUUAAUAGCACAGGUCGACACUAUAUGGGAGACUGGAGACAACAAAUGCUACUUCCGCGGACCAUUUUUGAUCUUCCCAUCUGAGGUGGCCAAUAUUAUUAACAAGCCUUUCUACAAACAAGAAGUGCUCCUAACGACCAUGCACGACACAAGUCCACUUGUCGGUAUUGUUGGGAAAUGUUCAGUGCUUGACUAUGACGAUUAUCUUAAAUGUCGCCCCACAGAAAUAUCAGAAAACGAUGUGUAUGUCUGUGAGUCAGUAUACGAUGAGUCUAACAGAGUUGCGAGAAAGCUCAAGUCAGGCUUGCGUAAGUUCGAGCACACAAAGGAUGUCACAGUAGACGAAAUUUACUAUUUCCCUAAACCCCUGGGCCCGCCCGCGUUAGCCUCAGCUCAAGACGUUCAAACUUCCUCGAGUGCUUUCGCUCAGAAACCUUUCAACCCUAAUGUUAAUGCCGAUUCGAUGGAUGGUAAGCCUCAGUUCACGAAUCUCAUCAAUACCACGAUCGGAAGUCAAGACGUUGAAAUGAUUCUGGAAAAUUCUCUUGACGAUUCUUCACUUGCUUCGCCGGCUACACCACUUUCUAUAGGUGGUAAUAGCAACCCCUACAAUCCAUCUAUGACACCUUCAAGUCAAGAGCGUUCAAACAGCCAAGCGGCUGCUACACCGGCGAGCAGCAAGAAGAAAAAAGAACAGAAACAGAAGAUAGUCACUGGUUACAUUCUCUACUCUAGCGAAGUAAGGAAGGCUAUCGUAGCAAACAAUCCGGAAUCAACGUUUGGUGAGAUCUCGCGCAUCGUUGGGAACGAGUGGCGCUCCCUGCCCGCCUCCACCAAGCAGAGCUGGGAGGAGCGCGCCGCGCGCUGCAACGAGGAGACCGCCGCGCGCCUCGCCGACGAGAUGAGGGAGCUGGCGCAGCACACACCAAUGGAAAUGACGUACGAGUGCGCCUGGGACACCUGCGAUUAUCAAUUUGAAGAUCUCACAGAUUGCAUGGAACAUUGUAUAGGAGACGGAGGCAACAUGAUUGGAACAUUUAUUGAAACUAAGAAGAGUAAGCUGGAACCGGGGCACGUGCAGCAGCACUACCGCAGCGGCGGUGCCACCAACGAGUUCCCGUGUCUGUGGCGCAACUGUGCGCGCGUUCGCAAGGGCCAGGCGCCCUUCCCCAACCUGCCGCGACUGCUGCGCCAUGUGCGCGACCUCCACGUCAACAAGGGCAACGGGCGCAUCAUGGCGGUGCACGAGCGCUCUCGAAACUUUGUUCCGUCUUCUAAGAAACCGCCCAAGACAUACUCAACGAACUUCCGUAGCGGACUCAUGUCGCCAGGAGGCAUGUCGCCGAUGGCGCGCAACACGCCGUCCCCGGGCGCCGGCGAGGCGGGCGCGCGGCCCGGCCUCGAGCCGCUGUUCGUGCACGCGCCGCCGCGCGCGCAGCGCGUCACGCACUCCGAGGCCUACAUCCGAUACAUCGAGGGUCUACAUUCAGAACAGAAGUAUAUUACACCGUGGGAGAAAUCCCUCACACCGAUGCCAGCUAAUCCAGAUCCAUCCCAUUUUAACAUGCAAAAACUACCAACACAUUGGAUCACUGAAGAAGCUGUAAAUGGCUAUUUGCAACAAGACAAGAAUCUCUCAGAAACAGAUAUUCAAAAGAUGGACCAAAAUACAAAGAUUCUGAAAGGUUUGUGUGCCCUCAGAGAUUUCAUGAUGAGGGACGCUCUGUCUAUUUAUAAAAGUUAUUAAUAACUUUACUUUCUUAAGUUUUAUAAAUCAA